AUGGAUCCAAGGCUCUACAGAUCUGCAAAGUCAGGGGACAUUUAUUUCCUCAAACAACUUCUUAAUGAUAAUCCCAGCCUACUAUAUCAACUUACACCCCGCGAAAACACAUCCCUCCAUAUCGCUGUGCAAUUUAGAGACUCAAAUGUUGUGGCCGAGAUUUAUAGCAGAUGCAGGUCCCUUCUCACACAGCAAAACUUAGAUGGAGAUACUCCUUUACAUGUGGCUGCAAGGAUUGGUUGCUUCUCUAUCUUCAAUGAUCUGGUCAGAGAAAUUUUAUCCAUGUCACAGGAAGACUUCAGGAAUGCAAAUGAUGGCAUGUUUGAGACGCUGAGAAUGGGAAAUAGGGGGAAAAAUACAGUUUUACAUGAAGUUGUGAGGAAUGGUCACAUUAAAUUGGUUCAGUUCUUGCUUACAAUUGACCCUAAAUUGGCAUCUAUUGAAAAUGAUGCGGGUGAGUCUCCAUUGUACCUGGCUGCAAGAGGAGGAAUGUUUGAGAUUCUGAAUCAGAUUUUAAAAUCAACUGCAUCAUCAGCUCAUGGUGGGUCAGAUGGCAGAACAGCCUUGCAUGCAGCUGUGGUUGAGAAGCAUUUUGACAUUGUGGAAACACUCCUACGAUUCAAACAGCAGCUGAUCAAAGAAACUGAUCACCAAGGCAGAACUCCUCUCUUCUAUGCAGCAUCCCUUGGCCAACAUAGAACAGUUAAACGAUUACUAGAACUUGAUACUUCUAUUGCAUAUGUUUUGGACAAAGAGGGCCAUUCAUCAAUUCAUGUUGCAGCCAGCAAAGGUCAUACCUCUGUGAUUAGAGAGAUCAUCCGACAUUGCCCAGACUCGGGAGAAAUUUGUGACCUAUAUGGACAGAAUGCUCUUCAUAUGGCUAUCAUUGGUGGCAGAGCAAAUGUGGUCAGGUAUAUACUAGAAACACCAGAACUGGAGUGCCUCAUUAAUCAGCCUGAUGUCAUUGGAAACACGCCUUUGCAUCUCGCAACCAUAGAAAGGAAGACUUGGAUUAUGUAUUACUUGAUGUGGGAUGGAAGAGUGCAUCAAAGUUCCGUGAACAAAUGUGGUCAAGCGGCAUUUGACAUUGAUAGGUCAAUUAAGGAAUCCAGUAUUGCAUCUCCCAGGGAAUUGCCAAACAUUAUUCCAAACAUUUGGGGACAUCUCGGUACCUCGCAUUCUUGGUUGGGCAACAUCAAGAUUUCCCCAAGAGCAGAACAAGAAGAGGCCAAUGCAGUGCAAACUAACAUGCAAAUGGGCCAGACCCUUCUGAUGGUUGCAACACUUAUCACAACUGUAACAUUUGCAGCUGCCUUCACAAUGCCUGGAGGCUACAACAAUGAUGUAGGCCCAGACCAAGGGCUGGCUCUUUUGCAGUCAAAUAGAAAUUUCAAGUUGUUCAUCAUCUCAGACUCUAUCGCCAUGACUUGCUCAAUAAUUGCAGCAUGCCUUCUGUUCUGGGGAGCGGUUAACAGCAACAAGUCCUCCUAUGUUUACUAUUUAACAAUUGCUGCUGCUCUUACAUAUAUUGCUCUGCUAUCCACUGCAAUGGCAUUCACAGCAGGAGUUAAGGCUGUCAUACCCCAUCAGCAAUUUGUCGAAGUCUUGGGCCACGUAGUUGGAAUCUCUUUUCAUGUUAGUACCUUUUCGUUUCUUUCCCAACUGGUGAAAAUGUUUUCCCUUCCUGAAGCCUGCAGAUUCUUCAUUUCUCAUCUCAAGCUCAGCUGCAGAAUUAAGAACAAAUCACGAAGAAUGAGUGGAUUCUGCACUACUUUUUAG